UGAAGGGUGUUAUCGUCAAAAGACUGCACGUCAUUGUUAGAUUUCGAAAAUAAUCUGUCCGCUGUCGACGUUGAAUUAAUGUACAUUAUUUUUUCCUUUUUUUAUCCAUCAUUAAUGUUAGUAAGCACUGGUUAUUGUAUUUAUUAUCACAGGACUCUUGUGAUAGCUACAAAGGCGCGUAUUCGUGUCUAAUGCUGUGCUAUCAGGGCUAGCCUAAUUUAAAAACAUCGUUAUAUUUACAGCUUCUGAAAGACGAAUAAAUACCACAAAUUGAAAAAUAACUUUAAACAAUUAUAGUAUCUUCAAUUUCUGUCUACCAACAUUUUCUGUUAAUUAAAAAACUGAAAUAAUGUUGGUCAUGAAAAUCAGAUAUUUUCUUUGUAAACACAGUGUAUGUUGCUAAAUGUUGACGUCUUGAGUAAAGAACAAGUUCUCUAUUUACUUGUUAGUUAAUUUCCUGUGUAUUACGUUGAUGUGUCCGGCGGAACUGUCUGUUGUGUCGACGGGCAGAUUAUUUAGCUCAAUAACACUGUAAGACAUUGUAUGUGUCACUUGGGGAGAGAAGAUCAUGGCAGAUGACAAGGAUGUGUUGAGAGAUGUUUGGUUUGGAAGGAUACCGGCCUGUUUCACACUUUCUCCUGAUGAGACUACAGAGAGAGAAGCAGAACCUUACUAUCUUCUUCUCCCGCGGGUCAGCUACAUGACACUGGUCACUGAUAAAGUCAAGAAACACUUUCACAAAGCCAUGAAGGCAGAGGAAGUAGAGGAGAUGUGGUUCGAGUAUGAGGGAACGCCUCUUAAAUGGCAUUACCCCAUUGGACUGUUGUUUGACCUUCAUGCUUCAAACACCGCUCUCCCUUGGAAUGUGACAGUGCACUUUAAGAACUUCCCAGAACAUGAAUUGCUUCACUGCCCAUCAAACUCUGUUAUAGAAGCACAUUUCAUGUCUUGCAUUAAAGAGGCGGAUGCACUCAAACACAAGAGUCAGGUUAUUAAUGACAUGCAGAAAAAGGACCAUAAACAGCUGUGGAUGGGUCUACAGAAUGAUAAAUUUGACCAGUUCUGGGCCAUGAAUCGUAAACUUAUGGAGUAUCCCACUGAAGAGGGUGGCUUCCGCUAUAUUCCCUUCAGAAUAUAUCAGACCAUGAGUGAGAGACCGUUUAUUCAAAAGCUUUUUCGCCCCGUGUCCCCUGAGGGCCACCCGCUUACACUGGGAGACCUGCUGAAGGAUCUGUUGCCUGCUGCCAUAUGUGUGGAGGAUGAGCCAAAGAGAUACCAGGUUAUGAUUCAUGGCAUUGAACCCUUGCUGGAGACGCCCAUUCAGUGGCUGAGCGAACAUUUGAGCCAUCCGGACAACUUUCUCCAUAUCAGUGUCAUCCCAGUACCAAGUGACUGAUUCCAGACAAUUCGUUUGAACAGUGAUUGAGAAUUCUGGAUGUAAGAUCUUCAGAGCCGGUCUGAUGGCGUUCCUGGCCUUCCUGUAUUCUCAUCCUCACCCCUGCAGUGGCCUUAUGGAGCAGUGGUCAUUUUAACAUCAGAAUCACAGAUCCAAACUAGUAUAUUAUAUAUGAUUUGGGCGUCUUGUGUGUUUGCUGCCUUGAAAUUCUUCCAUGGAUACGUUUGCACAAGUCUAACGUGACUGUACUCCCUUCACUCUUUCUUUAGCCUGUAAUUUUGAGUACUGUACACUCGGACUCUGUUCAUUAUUAGCAGUUACGGUUGAUGCUUAACAACUGUGAUGGUGUUUGAUUAUAAACAAGGCUUAUGGAAGCUGUCAAAGAGUUAGAUGUCGUGUCAAAAGUAAGAAGAAAUUCUGUCAUAAAACUAAACCCAGUAAUGGGAUUUUAGCUGAAGCGAGUAUGACAUCACAUACAUGACGGCACUCUGGAUCUGAUGUAUCAGUGUGUCCGAUUCUGACAUACAUGGGGGGGGGGAAUUGCCACAGUCUGAUUAGUCAUUGAGGGAGUAAAUGUCUCUUUUCCAGUCAGCAUUAAGGUCAGGAUUUACCUUCAGAAGAGGUUUCAAUUAGCUCAUUUUUGGGAAUUAUUGUCUAUUUGCGUAAAGAGAAGUUUUUUCUUUAUUUAGAGCUCCAAAAACGAUCUUUGAAUUAUCUCAUGUUACACAUCACACUGUUGCAGACAAAUGAAGCUUAGAGUAUGUUUUAACCAUAUAUUUACAACCUGUAGGCUGACUGGCUGUCUGUGUUAAGGGGGAUGUGGGGACUCCAGACGAAACACAGCUGAGAGUGAUUAUUCGUUUAGAGGAAUCAGUGAGUGUUUUAUCCCAGACAGACCGAAUGGGGGGUAAAACCACAGAGCUUACGCCACUAACAGGCGACUUCAGGGCAGACUCUUCCCGAAACAAACAUCUGAGAGCUCAAAUAGCAUUGUAUUUUGUAUUAAAUGACUUGAUAACUCUUCACUUCUAAUGACAGGUUAAAGGAUAACAUCAUGUUUCAGUUGUACAUUUUCUUUUAUUUCCAUGCCAUGAUUGCUUUUUUGUCUGUGUUCGAUUAAUUUGAAAGCAUUUAAUUAAAACAACAUUUAUA